AUGGCAGCGCUGCUCGGGCUGGAGAGUGGUAAGAACGAGGAGCGGAAGGAGCUGGCGCGGGGCAGCGACCUCGUCGUUGUGCGAUUAGGCGGCCGAGCACUCGAACCUCUCGACUCGAUAUGGAAACGCAACUCGAGAUAUGGUGUGAGGCGAGUGUUUUACACUGUUGGCCAGCCCAGCAACCGGGAGAUGGACGAACUGGUGGCAAUGGGAGAGGACGGAAAGGAGAUCAUAACACCACCAGGCGAGAUCGACUUCGAUCCGCUGCGAAAGGCCGAGGAAGAAGGGAUGAAGGAAGGCUGGUGGAUGGAAAAGGUGGGCGACCUCAAGUACAAAAUGGAGCGAUUGCUCAAGCUCGAACUCUCACGAUACAAGCACCGACAAUGUGACCACGACCCCAUUCCGUUCAUCAAGGCCGAGAAGAAGGAAUGCGCAAUAGGUUGA